GUCUGUUUUGUGUGAGCUUUAAAUAAGCGCCAAGCGUCAAGAUAAAUCCUCCGUCGCCACGACAUCCGGUGGCGAAUGCGCACACGUGACGACAGCCGCUGUUGGCUCGCGACGAUUUAAAGGGAGAGUUCGUCCCCCGCAUUCGCGUGAAUGCCGAAGUGAACGCACCGUUUUCGUUGCACUCAUGGCCUCCCAGAACAUGGACCCCGCCUCGGCGGCCGCCGCGUCCGGCGCCGCGCUGAAGGGCAGCGAGAGCGGCGGCAGCGCGGCCAGGAGCUCGGUGUCCAAACGGCUGCAGCAGGAACUCAUGACUCUGAUGAUGUCGGGCGAUAAGGGGAUCUCGGCGUUUCCAGAAUCGGACAAUCUCUUCAAAUGGAUCGGGACCAUCGACGGCGCUCAGGGGACGGUGUACGAGGGUCUCCGGUACCGGCUGUCUCUGGAGUUUCCCGCCGGUUACCCGUAUCAGGCGCCGCGCGUGAAGUUCGUCACGGCGUGUUUUCAUCCCAACGUGGACGGACAAGGUUUCAUCUGCCUCGACAUCCUGAAGGACAAGUGGUCGGCGCUCUACGACGUUCGCUGCAUCCUGCUGUCCAUCCAGAGCCUGUUGGGAGAACCGAACAACGAGAGUCCGCUGAACACGACCGCCGCCGAACUCUGGGACGACCAAGAAGCCUUUAAAAGUCAUCUACACUCGACCUUCAAGAAUUGAAGCGGCUCCACAUUUUCUUCUUCUUGUUCUGUCUAUUUUGCCUUCAGUGUUUGUAAAAUAUUUUUAUGUUUGUCCACCUUGCUGUAUCAAUAAAGUUCUUAAUUCAA